AGGUCUGGACGGGGCAGUGCGUGGAAGUUCUUUCUCGCGCGCGGGCCGAGCCCUGGCGAGUUCCCCCUGCCCUGACCUUCCCGACGUGCAGCCUUGGCUCUAGUCUCUCCUGCUUCGGCAGCAUUUGCCCUGUCGAUACUCCGGCGGAGUUUCGAGCAGUGCACUCGAAUGCGUGCACACCCGACACGCGUCUUUCGGAACUUCUACAACUCUGCAAAUCCUGAUUUGUACAGCAGCUGUCCAAGGCUCCCAAACACAAUGGUACUUUCCUGGGCUGCAGUCAUUGCUAUGUUUGCGCUUUCCUCCAUUUACUGCCUAGUUUCUCACCACAGCCCAGAGCUGUGGUUUCAAGACCUCUUCCCUUCUAAAGUGUGCCCUGCAAACACCAGCAUGGACACGUUAUAUGGCAUCAUGUUUGAUGCAGGAAGCACAGGGACACGGAUUCACAUUUACACCUUUGUUCAGAGAAGCCCAGAAAAACCUGCAGAGUUAGAAGGCGAAAUCUUUGAAUCAGUCAAGCCAGGACUCUCCGCCUAUGCUGAUCAGCCUGGAAAAGGAGCAGAAACAGUCAGACAAUUGUUGGACAUGGCUAAAGAAGCUGUACCGCCCAGUCACUGGAGUAAGACCCCGGUUGUCCUGAAAGCCACAGCUGGUCUGAGGCUGUUAGCAGAGCACAAAGCCCAAGCUUUACUCUCUGAGGUCAGGGUGGUCUUUGAGGAGUCACCAUUUCUAGUUCCUGAUAACAGUGUUAGCAUCAUGGAUGGAUCUUAUGAAGGUAUACUAGCCUGGAUCACCGUGAACUUUUUGACAGGGCAGUUGUAUGGCCGGAACCAGCAGACGGUGGGGACCCUGGAUCUGGGAGGAGCCUCAACCCAGAUCACAUUCCUGCCACAGCGGGAGGAAACCCUAGAGCAAACACCAAUAGAUUUCCUUACCUCAUUCGAAAUGUUCAACAGCACUUUCAAGCUCUACACACACAGCUAUUUAGGGUUUGGUCUGAAGGCUGCACGGCUUGCUACAUUGGGAGCCCUGGAAAUGGAAGCAUCAGAUGGACGGACAUUCCGAAGUUCAUGUUUGCCAAAACAGCUGGAGGCAGAAUGGCACUUUGGGGGAGUGAAAUACCAGUAUGGUGGCAACAAAGAAGGAGAAACGGGAUUUGAACCUUGCUAUUCUGAAGUGUUGAAGGUGGUAAAGGGAAAAUUGCAUCAACCAGAUGAGAUUCGGCACAGCUCCUUCUAUGCCUUUUCCUAUUAUUACGAUCGGGCUGUGGACACCGCCCUGAUAGAUUAUGAGAAAGGCGGUGUUCUCAAAGUGGGAGACUUUAGAAGAAAAGCCAAAGAAGUGUGUGACAAUCUGGACAGCUACCGCUCUGCCAGUCCUUUCCUUUGUAUGGAUCUCAGUUACAUUACAGCUUUAUUAAAAGAAGGAUUUGGAUUUGUAGACAAUACAGUUUUACAGCUGGCAAAGAAAGUGAACAACAUAGAGACAAGCUGGGCUCUAGGUGCUACCUUUCACCUCCUGCAAUCUCUUGGACUCUCCCAUUGAGAAAACAUCAUCUAAAGAAUAUUUUAUUUUCUUGAAACAAGAAAAGGCAAUUCUGAUGAGCAUACAGCCAAACACAGACCAAAGUAGAACUGGUUACCUUUAAGACUGAGUGGUUCAAGCUGUAAUAAGAUGGGUCCUUCUAGGGUAGUAAGAUGUGCUUCGUUGUACAAUUGCUGCCUUAACUGAUGCCAAAGGGCCCGAAUUCUAGGUUUAUAGCUUUGGAGCUGAUCUUGUGCAGAGGUGAAGCACAUCUUUAGCCAAGGCAUUUAUUCACAUUUGGUACCAAUGCACCCCAAUAUUGAUCUUCCUCCAUAAUAAUAUUUUGCAGGCCUUCUUGUGCAUGAAACUUAAGAUUCAAAUCUCAAAUAGAUGCUUACUUAAUGGAGUUGUUUUUAAACAAAGCUGGAGUGUGUACCAACCUUUUGACAUUUAACAAGUUAAGAUUUUUAGGAUUAGCCGAUUCCUGAAGAGGGCUGCUGAAACUGGUCGAGCUUUAGGAGUGACAGUCAGUGGAAAAACUUGUUUGUCAACCCUCACAUAUAAAUAGCUGGCUAAACAUAGCAGUAAAGACUUUAGGAACACCCCAAAAACGUCUCUCCUCUUUACAUCUCUAAAGCUGAGAGCAAGCAAAAGCCAGCAUUUUCUGGCUACUUUAGAGGACCAUGAGGAGUGCCGGGGAUGGACUGACAUAAAUAAUUUGAUUCUCAGUCUAGCCUUAAAGAAACUUUUAAUGCAAGGCAUCCUGGUGCCUCCUUCCUGUUGCAAAUGAAGGCCUCCCAAAUCAACUUCCUUGGAAAAUGGUAUGGUUAACAGGACCCCAGCGUGGGACUACCACUAAAGCUGAUGCACUACAUGCUGUCACAUCUUAAACAUUGUGUUUGAGCAGGACAUUUCAGGCUGCAUAAAUAUGAGACUUAACAUGGUAGCCACUGCACAAAGUGUUUCAUCUCUGUGUUGUCCAGAUAUACCAGUACAGUGUAAGCACUUGCUAAA